CUUGAAAGAGGCUAGUUCCUCCUUUCAUACCUAAGCAACACAGUUUGAAGUGAACAUUGAUGGAAACAUUGCCAGAACAACUCUGCCUAUUAAUUAGCAUAAUCCUGCAGCAGUCAGGGGGGAAAUGAACAGAAUUCAUCCUCAGGUAAUAGCAUCCAUUCUAUUGUGGGGGGGGGGAUGUAAUUAUUACUUUUAAUACGAUUGAUCAGCUAGCUCUUAUUGCUAUUAGAAAGUAGACACGCUGGAAACCUCUGUAUCUCUAUUUUACCAGUAGCAAACUGGAAUCAAAACUAAAAAUUAUAGUUUUAAUUAAAUCUCUGUAUGUUAGUUACAUGUUUUUGAAUGUAUGCAGAUAGGGAUUCUAUCUGAAUACUGAAUGCACCGUAAUUACAGACAAUGUAAUGCCUUGUGUUUCCUUAAAAACAAUCUUCUCCCUCACAAUGAAGGCAAUAUAAUUUUAUUUUAUUUCUGUUAAUUACAGAAUAUUGAAGGAGCUUCAUUUGGUUCAACAAAAUCUCUCUUUACUGCUAACAGAGGUAAUUGGUACCCUUACUAACAAAAAGCAGUUCAAAAAUGCUGGGAACUGAUUAGUUUAUGAACUAAAGUUGUCCUUUCAAAAAGAGGAAAUCUCUGCUUAUAUACUACUUGGCUCAUAUACUUCUUGACAAAUGAUGUUUCUAUAGUUUACAGUAUUUGAAAGUUGUUUCAUUUUCAGUAGCAUAUUAUUUGGCUACAAAAUGAAAAAUGCUUUUAGUUCAUUCAAAAGCAGUAUCCUAUAGGCAGUGGUCUGUUGUUAGAAAACAUACAAGUAUAACUCAUCAGGUAUGUCUUCAUAACAAUAUGAAGAGUCUUCUUAAUUGUUGGUAUGGUUUUAAUACAUUUUAUUGGCAUUAUACCCCAGUUUGGAUUUAAAUUAUAAUGAACAGUGGGUAACAAAUUGCAUUUUUAAAAAUACAUUAAAAUAUUUUAGUUGCAGCAUUUCCUGCAUUCUUUUCUUCUUACUAGAGUGAUGGAUGAAACUAAAAACUAAAAACAAAUAUGCAGUGGGGGACAGGAAGAGGGAGAUCAUCCCCCACACACUCCAUUUCAACUUUUAUAGCUUGCUUCAUUGCUGCCUAUGCAACUUCUGUCUUGUACCAUAGGUGGAUUCUAGUACAAAAGCUUUGAGGGAAGACAUUGCAAUGAUUCAAGGCAGUUGCAGCUAAUUCUUAAGUACCUUGUAAAAGGAAGGCAGUUAAUCACCUAAAGGCAGGUUAUGAGCACUGGGAGUGAGAUUACACAAUACAUUAGUCAGCUAAUUUUUACUAUUUAUACCCCACACAUCUUGCUAGAUUGCCCCAAUCACUCUGGGCAGCUUCCAAUAUAUAUAAAAACAUAAUAAAACAUUAAACAUGAAAAAAACCCUUCUCUAUACAGAGUUGCCUUCAGACGGCUCGGAGGUCGGAUAACUCCAUACCCUCCAACAUUUCUCCAAUGAAAAUAGGGACACCCUAAGGAAAAAUGGUACAUUCAGGGAUCAAAUCAGAAACCGGGACGGCUUCUCUAAAUCAGGGAUGUCCCUGGAAAAUAUGGACACUUGGAGGGUCUGGUAGAGCACAUGCUUUGUUCCCAGAUUCAAUCUUUUUGACAUCUCAAAUUAAGAAGACACUUUAGUGAGCCAUUGCCAGUCAGAGUAGAGAACACUGGACCAAAUAAAUAAAUGGUCUGACAGCAGCUUCAUAUGUUCAUAAAGUGCUACCACGUAAUUUAGCUUUGAACAGGGAUAGGAAACCUUAGGCCCAGAUACCAAAUGUGACCAUCCAGUACUCUGUCUGGCCCAUAGCUGUCAACUUUUCCCUUUACUUGCGAGGAAUCCUUUUCGGAAUAAGGGAAUUUCCCUUUAAAAAAGGGAAAUGUUGACAGUUAUGAUGUGGCCCUCAAGACUCUCCUUAGGCUACACUGUCCCUCCUCUGCACUCUCCUGUGGUGUCUUUGCUUGCCUUUCUUUCUUUCUUUCCUGGAGGAUGGACAGGUGUGGGUGUGUGAAACUUCUGACUUUGCUUACCUAGAAAGUAACUGCCUAUACAAAGGUAAGCAUUGUAUCUGUUGCUCCACCUACUUUUUCCUCUGGCCCUGCCCACCGGUGGCAUGUGACCCCCCCACGCCCAGAAGGGAAUGCAACCCUCAGACUGGGGAAAAAAGUACUAGAACCAGAGGUGGAGCUAGCUGCUCCAGCUCCCGGAGCAGGGUGCACUUGGGGGCAGGGCUAGCCGCCCACAGAGGCGGGGCGAGCAUCCCAGGGGUGUGGAGCAUGUGUCCCAGGGGGGUGCGCCGGCCGCUGCGAGCCUCCUGGAGGGUGCGCCGGGCGGCGCAAGUCUCCUGGGGGGGUGCAGCCUGCGGCGAGCUUCGGGGGCAGGGCAGCGAUGUCAACCCCCCUCAGGGAUGGCACCCAGGGCGGACCGCACCCACCUUUCUCCACCUCUGCCUAGAACAUACAUUGGCUCUUGAGAAGCAAGAAGAUGAGCUUUGCAGAAGGUCAGCCACUUGCACUUAAGGCAACAGGAAGCAUCUUGAUUAUUGUGAAGAAACAUAUUUUUAUAUAUGUGAAGAAAUGCAAAUAUUAGGGCAUGACCUACGUGUUACCAGCAUUAUUUUUUUAGCAUAAAUGGGACAGGUGUAUGUGUUAAGUGUGGUACGAGUUGAAACCUUUGGGUAUAAAGUCUUGUACAGUUAUGUUCUAUAUAACAUAGAAUUAAAUACCCAUGGGAUAAUUUCAAUAUGGGUUAAUUAGUAGGGAGUAGCAGAAGCCAAUGUCCUCAGUAUGGAUUUUCGUACAAAUUUAGUGUGAGGGUAUAUUUGGAAUUGAUCUUUAAGUCUUCCCUCUGUGACAGGUACUAUACAGGGCCUGCAAGGUUGUUGCAAGGAUUGCUGUGCAUGCAUCCCUUGCACCCAACAAUGUAUCUGCGUGUCUGCCAUUGGUCUUGGUAUACUUGGUGUCAUCGCUACUGUCAUUGCAUUGGUGGUCACAAUUGGCAUCCCUCCACAUACACCAGGUCAGUCAUUUCUAGCUUUCGUUAUUAUGAUGGUGACCAAACUACUGCCAACUGGAGUAAUACUUUCAAUGGGGCUGUGUCCAGUGUUUCUUCUACUCAGAGUAGACCCAUUGGAAAUAAUGGGCAAGACUAAGGCCACAUGUGCACAAUGCCACCUUAAAUAGUCAUGGCUUUGUUGGAAAUCUGGUAAGGCACAAGACACAAUCCAUCCGGCAAUUCUCACAUGCAAACUCUAUUGCAAUCAACAUGAGCAAUGCAAAAGCUUCCAUAUAUUUGCAAACUCAUUCAUGGCCAUUAUUUAUGUGUGAUGCAUCCCAACAUGGCUAUGGGUCAAAACUGGAUUAUUUGAAUGUGUCACUAUAGUACUGGGGGUUGGGGUCUGAUUAGGUCUGAUCAUUUCUUUGUCAGUAUCCUCCAUUGUUUCAUCUCAAUUUUAUUUUUCAGUAAAUCGUUUAUGUGUGACCUCCGGUAAUCAGACAGGCUUUUUAUGUGACAACAGAGCUAGCUGCAUUCCAGCCAGCCAGGUCUGUGAUGCAAGACAAAAUUGUGCAAAUGGGGAGGAUGAGCAAGGGACACUAUGCGGUAAGAAUAUUUGCUUAAAUCCCCCUCUUACCAUGCCCAGUUAAUGCCUCAUGCUUUUCCCCACCAUAACUCAGCCAUUUUAUAAAGCUUCAAGCUAUAGCAAGUUAGGUGGUGAGGAAGACAGAAGCAGACUGAGGAUGAGGUCACACAUACAUGUUCUGCAAUCAGUCGAUACAGCAUCUAGUGAUUAUUUCCAUGUGUGAAUAGACAAGAGAACAGAACAGCAGCAUCAGGAUUCAGGACCUCUUCAAGUGGACUGAUGUAGCCUGAAUUGAAGUUGUAGGUUGAAGCCAAGUCGUGAACUCUGCCAGGAGUUCUCACAUAUCAAUAACAAUAUACCUGCAGCCCAGGCAUCACUUGGAAGAAGACUAUUUCAGUUUCUACUUUAAUAAAUCCUCAAAAUGAGAUUUGAUUUUGAUUAUUUAACUACUAUGUUGUUGUUGCUGGCAUCCGUCUGUCUUGAGAGACACUGGAGUGCGCCUCUGGGGGUUAAGUCAAACCACUGUGUUAGCAGCACUGAAGUGGCCUCAAAAUAUCUCUCAGCAGUGUAAAAAAUACCUGAAGCACCAAUGGAUAACUUAAACAAGUUACAUAUAAAAAGUUACAUUAACACAAAGUUGCAUGUGUGUGUGUGUGUGUGUGUGUGUGUGUGUGUGUAUCUCAAUUAAUUUUCCUUCUGACACACCCUUCCUCUCAGCCUCUGAGUUAUCACCCAGGGUCCAAACAAACUUUCAGCUCAAGCUGAAAAGUCUCAAAACAAUAAGAGUUCUAGAAACACCAGACAUCACCCUAGUCUCUUACUCUAGACUUGCUUUUGUUUUGUUUUGGAGGGGCAGACCUAAGGUGGAUUGUACUUCCUCAGGCUGCCCACAGCUGUGUCCCAUUCAACUGCACUCUCCAAACUCGGUUGCAGGUACAGCAGUUUGUUGAGUUUCCCAGGGGGUCCUGUGGAUGUGAAAAGGGCCCCCCCCUGCACACACUUCUCCUACUUCAUCCUCUGUCCUCUCCUCUGCCUCCAGCUGCUAUUUGGUAGUCUGUAUAUCUAAGCAAAGCCUUUAACAACAUCCUUUAUUAUUGUUUUUAAAAGCCCUUUUAAAGAAAGAGAUGGUAACUAAAUAAAUGUAGUUGCUUCAACAGAAAUAGUGUGGAUAUUGCCUUAGUAAGUGAACUUCUGAAUGACUUUCAUUUUCCACCUGCAAAGUAAGGAGAGGGAUGUUCUCUUCACAGACAAUGUUUCUGGAAUGAACUUCAACACCCCCCAUGUAUGCUGUUUUACUUUGAGGAUCUACAGUAUGCAGCUUACAAUGCAAACUUGUACUUGUCUGUUCAGGAGUAAGCCCCACUGAGUUCAGUGAGAGUAUCAAGAUUGCCUCAGUUGUAUUGUUAUUUAUUACUAAUUACCACAUUUUAAGCCACUGCUGUUUUUACCCAGUAUAUAUUUUGCGCAGUACAGCAUUUUCUCCCCUCACCACUUCUGCUUCUUUCUGUAUUUUUUUGUAGAUGAUUUGCCCAACAACCUUCCAGGAUACUUGAUAUUUUAUUGCAGCAACCGCAAGGUUUGGGUCUAUGCAGACAAAAAAUGUAAUGGAAUCAAUGAUUGCGGUGACUGUUCUGAUGAAGUAGGAGCUUGUAAGUCUUUUCUUACAAAGUUCUGCUUGUAGUUAAUGGAUAAAUGGGAGCAGUGCCCAGGCAAGGCAAGUAUUGCACCCCAUAACCUCCUUGUGGGUGUUGCACGUGAGGCAACACAGCAGGCACACUUCACUGUGCCUCUGCUGCAACGGCUCCUCGUGGAGGUUACCUGCGGGUUGCCGCAUUUGCCCUCUCAGCUUGUCAAACUCCCUGCGUGAGUGGUGGCUUGUGCUCCUUGGUGGGUUUGGUGGCAUCCCUGCAGCGCCAGAGGUGAGUUGGCUACACUCCUCUCUGCGCCCCUUGCCCAAGGACACAUGGGAGGAAGGCCUAAGGGAAGGACCGGUGCUGGCUGGGAAAAGUCCAGGGCUGGUGGGAUUUCCGCCCUGAGGCAGAUGUCUCUUCACUGGCCAUGUUUUAUUGUUUUUAAUACCCUGUUGGAAGCCGCCCAGAGUGGCUGGGGAGGCCCAGCCAGAUGGGAGGUGUCUAAGUAAUAAAUUAGGAGGAGGAGGAGGAGGUGCCACAACCCUGAAGGCCUGGCCUGGGCACAGCUCGCUUCCCCACAACUCCGUAAGGCAGUAGCCAUGCAGCCUUGGCACGGGAGCCUGUCAUGGGCAUGCUAGGUUGCACCCCCUCAGAAUUCUGUGCCCAGGGCCAUGACCCCCCUCAGCUCCCCAACGCUGUACCACUUUGUGUGAAAUAUGCUGGACUGUAAGUCCUUCAGGUUGGUACAGCCCCUUUUCGUCUACCAGGAUAUCCUCUUUUGCAUAGUGUCAUCCUCUAGUUUAGGGACAUGGGAUUUUGCACUAGUUCCCAGGGACCAGUGGCCCUGCUGGCUGGGGCUGAUGGGAGCUGGAGCCCAGCAUCUGGUCCCCAUCUCUGCUGAGUACAUCUGUUACGCUUCUUUUUUAUUCCAGGGGCCAGUUGCCCUCCUUGUGGGCCUCAAUGGUGGGGAUGCACCAUGGUUGUCUUCCAUAUGUACUGUAGCUGCAUUCCCAGACGUCUUUGCCGAGAUGGAAUACAGCACUGCAGUGACUGGUCUGAUGAAUACAUCUGCACAAGAUGAGCACUCCAGGACAGUAACCUUCAGAAAAUAAUGGGAGCUAUCCAUCAAAUACUGCUGUUGGGGAAUUGCCAUACAUAUUUCUCAGAGGGGCUUGCAACGGAUGCAUUGUGUAGUGUUAGAUGUGCUGCUCCCAGACCAGUGAUCUUUCACCUUUUGAGCUCAGUAAAGUGUGUCUGCAUGUGUGUAUAACACCCUUGGCUUCCUCAAAACCCACUGCUACAAAAAGCGAAAGGAGGAAAAGAACGCCUGCUACCAAAAAAUCUGGCUCAGACUUCCACACGUACUGGAAGCUGUGAAAUCUUGCUUUGUAACAGAGUAAAGGACCAGGGACUCAGCUGUACAGCUGCAAAUAAAAUGUUUUAAGUGUGUUUUAAGUGCAAUAUACAAUGUGACACUAGAUAGCAAUGGUGAGCCUUAUGGAAAAUUCAAUGUAUUUUUUUUAAUAUUUUUUUUUAAAAAAAGGGUUUCCAGAACGAUUUUUAUAUGUGUGUAGAACUCAGUUCAGGUGGAAUCCUUUUCACAAUUGCAGACUGAUCAAUGGCAGCUAUUGCACAAGCACUUACAGUGAUGGAAACUAAUUGGUAUCUUAUUCCUAGAUGACAUUUAAGAGGUCAGUGAUUACUUGCCACGUGAACUCUCUAUUUCCCCCCUCUCCUUUUCUCUGUUAUUUUCCCUUAGUAAGCUAUGGGCAUUUGGGUGUUUGAUGAGUAAAAGAUCAUUGAUUUCAAACCAUGCUGGUGUAUUUGAUACAUUGCACUUGGGUCUACAAUUUUAUUGUAUCUCAAAGCCCUCACCCUUUUAUACCUCUAACAUGCCUGGUGUGACCUGCAGCUUUUAGAGUGGAAUGAACCCUUAAAAGUGAGAGCAUUAGCUGUCAGUUGUAACUAGGAUAAAGUGGUCUCAGAAUAGUCUUCUGAGGAAGAGGUUUGUGAGACUUUCAUAUACUUAUGUAGAAGUAGAUAUCGUCUUAUAUAAUGGAACGGGUACUACAAACAGACCUUUACGUCAAUAUUCGUAUCUGAUAAUCAGAUUUCUACCAACAUAUACCAUCAGACUAAAACGAAUGACUCUUAUUUCCUAUUGUGACAAGUCAUGCAAUAUAGAUGGUGCAAUAAACAAACAUUUACAAGUUGUUAGUUGCCCAACUAAAUCUUAUUCGCUUCACAGCACAUCAUUAAAUGCUAAGAGUGUUUAAACACUAAUGGCAGAUGAAUGGGGUUAGGAGUCAUGCUUAUCUAUUUUUCAUUUGACAGUCACUUUAAUUUACAUAUUGUAUUAAAUAUGUUACUGCUUGAGUAAAUAAAACUUGAUUUUAGUAUGUUUUA